AUGCUGGCGCUGCGGGUGCAGGACAGCAACAGGAUGGGCCUGCAGACCCCGCAGAUGAAGAACAGAGAGACAUUUGGGAAGCCGAGCUCGAGCAAGCUGACACCUGCCACGUCGGAGAGGAAAGUCAGCUUCUUUGGGAAGAGGGCCAGCGGGGCGCGCAGCAGCCAGUUCGGCGUCUUCGGCACGGAGAAGAUCAAGGACCCGCGGCCCCUCCACGACAAGGCCUUCAUCCAGCAGUGCAUCAAGCAGCUCUGCGAGUUCCUGGCAGAGAACGGCUACGCCCACAACGUCUCCGUGAAGUCCCUGCAGUCUCCGUCCGUCAAGGACUUCUUAAAAAUCUUCACCUUUAUCUAUGGGUUUCUCUGCCCUUCCUACGAGCUUCCCGACUCAAAAUUUGAAGAGGAAAUCCCCAAAGUUUUUAAAGAGCUCGGGUACCCCUUUGCUUUGUCAAAGAGCUCCAUGUACACAGUGGGAGCUCCACACACGUGGCCUCAGAUCGUGGCAGCUCUGGUUUGGUUAAUUGAGUGUGUCAAGCUGUACAGUGCCAUGAGGGAACAUGCCCCCUCCUUCGAGGAGGGGCAGGGCUGGGGCGGGGAGACCGACGACGGCAUCGUGCACAACAAGCUUUUCAUGGACUAUGCUGUGAAGUGCUACGAGCUCUUCAUGAAAGGGAGAGAUACUUUUGAAGAACUGGAUGCAGAAGUGCAGUCAAAAUUGAAGGAUUUAUUUAAUAUAGAUGAACUCCAGAUAGAAGUUUUAGCAGCUGACAACAAAAGGCUUCAAGAAGAGAUUGCAAGACUAGAAAAAGAAAAAGAGAGCGAGCCGGACCGCAGAGUGUCGCUGCGCAACGUGAGGUCCUCCCUGCAGGCAGACGUGCAGAAGUACCAGGCCUACCUGGCCAACCUGGAGUCCCACAUCUCCAUCCUGGACCAGAAGCUGGAGGGCGUUACUGAGGAGGUUGAGGCAGCAGAAAUGGAAGUAGAAGCCAUGAAGCAGGAGAACGCCCGGCUCCAGCACAUCUUUGAGAACCAGAAGUACUCGGUUGCAGACAUUGAGAGGAUCAAUCAUGAGAGGAAUGAGCUGCAGCAGACCAUUAACAAGCUGACUAAGGAAGUGGAAGCAGAAGAACACCAGCUGUGGAAUGAAGAGAUAAAAUAUGCAAGGAAUAAAGAGGCGAUUGAAAUGCAGCUGGCAGAGUAUCAUAAACUGGCUCGGAAGCUGAAAUUAAUUCCAGUGAGUGCUGAGAAUUCCAAAGGCCACGACUUCACGAUUCAGUUUAACCCAGAGGCAGGGCCAAACUGCCUAGUCAAGUACAGGACUCAGAUCAAGGCUCCCCUUAUGGAGAUCAUCAACCAGACUGAGGAGGAGAUCCGGAAAGCCACGCAGCGGAAGAUGACUUUGGAGGAUACUCUGGAGCAGGUGAAUGUAAUGGUAGUGGACAAGAAAAACAGUGUGAAAAUGCUGAAAGAAGAGGCUGAAAAGCUGGAUGAUCUCUACCAGCAGAAGCUUAAGGAGGCAGAAGAGGAAGAGCAAAAAUGUGCCAAUGAACUGGAACUGCUGGAGAAACAUAAACAACUGCUCGAGAGUGGUGUCAAUGAAGGUCUCAGUGAAGCCACAAAUGAACUGCAUGACCUCCAACGACAGUACCAGGUUGUUAUGCAGACAAGGACAGAAGAGAGCAGGAAAGCUGGUGGCAACCUGAAUCGUCUCCUAGAAGUGAUUGCUACUCAUGUAGUGUCCAUAGAGAAAUACCUUGAUGAACAGAACGUGAAAAUUGACAGAGACUAUGAAGAAUUCAUGUCUGAAGAUCUGUUGUCAGCCCUGACCAGGAUUCUGGACAGUUACAAAAAGAAGGCUGAAAGUCUGUAA